AUGGCGAUUGACCUAUCGCUCUAUCUAGUCACGGACUCGACCCCCGCCAUUCUCAAGGGUCGCGACAUCUGCACGGUUGUGGAAGAGGCCUUGAAAGGAGGUGUCACUGUGGUUCAAUACCGUGACAAAAAGAGCGACACCGGAGAUCAGAUUGCGACUGCUAGAAAGCUCCACCAGAUCUGCCAGAAAUAUGGAGUGCCACUCUUGAUCAAUGACCGAGUUGAUGUAGCGCUUGCUGUCGGUGCCGAGGGCGUGCAUCUGGGUCAAGAUGAUAUGAAAUUUGCGGAGGCUAGAAGUAUUCUCCCCAAGGAUGCCAUCAUUGGUAUCAGUGCCUCAACACUCGAGGAGGCCCAGAAGGCGAUCGCCGAUGGGGCAGAUUACCUAGGCAUCGGCACGAUGUUCGCCACGCCAACUAAAACCAAUACUCGAUAUGUUCUCGGAACUGCCGGAACUCAAUCAAUCUUGGAUGCUAUCAGCAGUUCCUCGGUCAACACUGUUGCCAUUGGCGGCAUCAACCACUCGAAUGUCCAGCGCGUGAUCUACCAAUCGGAGUCUCCCAAGAAGGCCCUGGAUGGUGUGGCCAUUGUCAGCGCCAUAAUGGCUGCGGAUGACCCCAAGGCUGCAACGGAAGAGCUCGCCAAACUAAUCAAGAAUGCCCCUGCAUUUGCAUUGGCUCGCCAGGUCCCUCGAACUAACGAGGUCGAAGCUUUGCUGCAAGAGGUACCGGCUAUCGUGCGCAAGAUGGUUGAAGUGCACCCGCUUGUCCACAACAUGAUCAAUUUUGUCGUGGCUAACUUUGUUGCCAACGUCGUACUUUCUAUUGGCGCGUCACCUAUCAUGUCACCCUAUGGUGACGAAGCUAAGGAUUUGUGCAAGUUUGAUGGAGCUCUUCUCAUCAAUAUGGGGACUUUGACCAGCGAGAGUGUUUCCAACUAUCUCAAGGCCAUCAAGGCAUACAAUGGACGAGGAAACCCAGUUAUCUACGACCCGGUUGGUGCCGGUGCAACUGGAAUUCGACGCAAUGCGGUAUCAGAUCUCAUGGCCGGGGGCUACUUUGACCUCAUCAAGGGUAAUGAGGGCGAAAUUCGACAGGCCUGGGGCAGCAGUGGAGUGCAACAGCGUGGCGUGGAUAGUGGACCAAGUACUCUUGAUGGACAACAAAAGGCCCGUCUGGCCCGAGACCUAGCCCGGCGCGAAAGAAAUGUGGUUCUGAUGACCGGUGCUGUUGAUUAUAUUAGUGAUGGAGAACGAGUUAUCGCUGUGGAGAACGGUCACUCAUUCCUCGGUCAGGUUACAGGCACUGGCUGUGCCGUCGGUUCUAUCUCCGGAUGUUUCCUGACAGCCCACCGCUCCGAUCGACUUCUAGCCGUCCUGUCGGGUAUCCUAAUGUACGAGAUUGCAGCUGAAAAUGCUGCUAGCAGAGAGGAUGUCCGUGGGCCCGGUAGUUUUGUCCCUGCAUUCCUCGACGAGCUUUACGCCAUCCGCACCGCGGCGGGCAAAGGCGAUGACAGCUGGUUUGCCGGCCGAGCCAAGGUGCAGGAAAUCAAGUUAUGA